GUAAGAUUUGUAACAAGUUUUGUGACUUACUGGUCAUUCCCUUUCGGUGGAUAGGAGAACGAACAAGCCAAGGAACGUCAUCGCUACACUUAUAUGAAGGCGGAUUUAUUUUGACGGCAAUUAUCACGUAUUCAGUGUGCUAUCGGGCCCUCGGCUCCCGCUAUGUCAUCAGACGUAACACAGGUUGUAAAAGAAGGAUGGGUACAGAAACGAGGUGAAUAUAUAAAAAACUGGAGGCCUCGAUAUUUUGUACUAAAGUCUGAUGGCUCCUUCAUAGGAUUCAAAGAAAAACCCUCACAAAGUGAUGUAAAUGACCCCCUCAAUAACUUCUCUGUGGCAAAAUGUCAGCUGAUGGAAACCGAAAAACCCAAAUCGAACACAUUUAUUAUUCGCUGUUUACAAUGGACAUCUGUAAUAGAAAGGACAUUUCAUGUUGAUACUCCAGAAACAAGGAAAGAAUGGAUUGAGGCUAUUCAGUCAGUAGCGACUGCCAUCAAAGAAGACGAGGAACGAAAAAGUCAAGCAGCAGGCAGUGAUGAGGACGAUCAGUUACCUGAUCAAAAGCCGAAGAAAGUUACAUUGGAAGACUUUCAGUUUUUGAAGGUUUUAGGGAAAGGGACUUUUGGCAAGGUUAUUCUUGUCAGGGAAAAAACAGCCGGAAUGCACUAUGCCAUCAAGAUUUUAAAGAAAGAAGUUAUUGUGGCAAAGGAUGAAGUUGCGCAUACAUUGACAGAAAACAGAGUACUUCAAACAACAAGACAUCCAUUUCUUACAUCGCUGAAGUACUCAUUUCAAACAAAAGACAGACUGUGCUUCGUCAUGGAAUAUGUCAAUGGUGGUGAAUUGUUUUUCCACCUUUCAAGGGAAAGGGUGUUUUCUGAAGAACGUACUCGAUUUUAUGGCGCUGAAAUCGUCUCGGCUUUAGCGUAUCUUCAUUCCUGCAACGUAAUUUACAGAGAUUUAAAGUUGGAAAAUUUAUUGUUAGACAAAGAAGGUCAUAUUAAGAUCACAGAUUUUGGUUUGUGUAAAGAAGAAAUAUCUUAUGGAGAUACGACAAAAACAUUUUGUGGUACGCCAGAGUAUUUAGCUCCAGAGGUUUUAGAAGAUAAUGACUAUGGCCGUGCCGUUGAUUGGUGGGGUACCGGUGUUGUUAUGUAUGAAAUGAUGUGCGGCAGAUUACCUUUCUACAAUCGAGAUCAUGAAGUUUUAUUUGAGAAGAUACUUACAGAAGAUAUUAGGUUCCCUAAGAAUUUGUCAGAUCAUGGGAAAACCCUGUUGUCAGGGUUGUUAAUUAAAGAUCCCAAACUACGGCUCGGUGGUGGACCGGAAGAUGCUAAGGAAAUUAUGGAACAUAAAUUUUUUGAGUCAGUAGAUUGGGACGAACUUUAUAAUAAAAAGGUGACGCCACCAUUCAAACCAGAGGUGACGUCUGACACAGAUACUAGAUUUUUCGAUGCCGAGUUCACAGGAGAACCAGUAGAUCUCACACCUCCAAUAGAUAGUGUUUUGGACCCCAUUCAAGAGGAGCCGCCUCAUUUUGAGAAGUUUUCCUACUCGGCCGAGAAAGGAGUGUUAAAAAAGUGAAAGAACAAACUCUGAUAAACAUACUGUGAAUUGAAGAUAGCGACAGUGUGCACAUAGAUUCAUUGUACCAAACGCAUCACUUCACCUGGAAUGUAAAUAUUCCAUUGAGCUCACACACUGCAGCUAAAAAAAAAAAUAGUGUUUUAUAAUAAGAAGACUCAUCAGAAAUCUCUCAUUUUGUGUGCCAUUGAAGUCCGUCUAUAUAAUCAGUCAUUGUCUUGUCUAUAUUUUUUUUAAUUUGUAAAUCAUUCAUAGUUGAUAUUUUAAGCUUUGCAUCCAUUAGAUACGUACCAAGCCAGUGAUGGAGUGUCGUGCGAUGAAUAGGAAUUAUAUGUAUAAGUUGAUACAACUUAGUUUGUCCACCAUACUCUUUGACUGUAUUGCUCAACGAGAUAUGUAGUAUCCGUCUUGCCAUCGUUCAUGCCCAUAGAGCGCACAUAGUUUAUGAUGUAAAUUUUUAAGCGGAUUGUGUGUUUCUCUCCUUUCCCAACUUUUGUCGUUUGUAUGAAAAUACACGUGAAGAAUGCUUUGUGUGUUUCUCCCUUCAAAAACAAAACAAAACUUGUAGAGAGAUUAUCUUUUAUAAAAAUGGUGUUUAUUUUAUUUUUGUUUUUAUUUUAUCAGCAGUGUCACUUUUUCAACUUCAUAAUAUCUCGCUCACUCACUUGAGUGUUUCGUGCGAAAAAAAAAACAACACAACAACAUAGCAAUACAAAUUAGCUGCUUCUUGUUAAUGAAAAAUUACAUUACGUCUUUGUUGAGUUGUUGCACAUAGAUCUAUGUAUAUUCAAUGACAUACAGGUAGUUACAUUACAAAAUAUAUGAGGGACCCGGGGGAAAUAUGUUAUUAGUGAAAUAAAAGCUUUGAAAAAAGCAAUCCCUAAAACUGGGAAUAUAUUGACUUUUAGCAUGUUAACUGCAUUGUUUUAGAUGCUUAGCAAUUCAUACUCCUCAUAUACCUCUUGUUUUUGUUUAAUGUAUCAUGAACCAAUCACAGAUGAGGAUGUUUUAGCAGCAGUUGUGUAUACUUGGCUGUAAAUACAGGCGAGGGGGGGGGGGCUGAUUUUCGUUGUAGGGUGAGGGAGGGGGUACCAUGACUGGGAUACACAUUUACUGUAUUUAGAAAAGUAGUGGGUCAUAUUGUUGAUACGUGUCUCACAAAACUGAAUGUUCAUUUUUUUUUCCAUUUUUUUUUUUUAUGAAUGACUCUUGAAACGAUUAUUUUAAUUAAUGAAAUUGACAGUUUAUGUAAAUGCCAGAUGCAGUUAAUAGAAAAUCAACCUCCAUCAUUUUCAGCCAUGCUGAUCCACUUCGGUAAAUCUAAUUAUGAAAAAUAAAGCGAGAGCAUGUUUCGAUAUUAAUCCGUUUACAAAUUUGAAACAGCAUUUAUGUUAAAAAAAAAUUACUAAAUCUAAGCUGAUGAGAAAAGUUGAAUAAAAAAAAAGUUACCUGUAAAUUGUUGAUACUGUGUUUGACACUAUUAAGGAACUGUUGUGACCUCAUUAAUUAUGUAUAUAUAUAUAACUACCACCAUUAGAUGACACUUUCAAU